CACGCGUUGCGAGUUUCUUUCUGAACCCGCGGGGGCCGCGGGUCGUCCAGAGCGGAGAGUGCAGUGCAAAGGAUUCUCGUCGUCAAGUCUCGCACGGUGGCAGAAGUAAGGUUCGGAGUCGUCGUUGUUGUUCCUCGUGGCUCGUACAUUCAUCGUGGAUGAGAAAUGGCGUCCCUAGUUGGUGUUCGGUUGUUGGCGAGGAAUGCCGGCUGCCUCAGGAAUUCCUUCAGCCGGUUGCGUUGUACAAGCAGUGCGCUCGUUCAGAUGCGAUGCGAGCAGAGACUGUUGCAUAGCGCCGCGCGGACGUGCACGCUCGUCGUGCCUCAGGUAAAAUGCAAUCGUGGAUACUGUCAAGACGUUAAAGCAAAACCGAAAUCGAUUAAGGAUAUCGAAGAGCGUGUAUUGAAAGGCUUAAGGGACACACGCAUCAAGCAGGUGCGCCAGUACAGUGCUAAGGAUCCGCUAACCCUUGAUAUUAUCAGUCAGCGGGUGCUCUUGGUUCUGAAACUUUAUGACAAAAUUGAAAGCACAAAGUUGAGCCUGGAAUCGCAUUUUAUGGAGGAUCUGGGUCUAGAUUCCCUGGAUCACGUGGAGAUCAUAAUGGCGAUGGAGGACGAAUUUGGCUUCGAGAUUCCAGACAUGGACGCGGAGAGGCUACUAAAACCCAAAGAUAUAGUGCGCUAUAUCGCAGACAAGGAGGAUAUAUAUGAAUAACACCUCUUGCAUUACUUAUGCCCCCACGCGUUUUAGUCCAACAUCCGCCGUUAUUUCGACUGGAAAUAAUGGGUCACAGCGUCUUACUUUGCUGUCGCCAUUGUUUUUUUCUGUAUAUAGAUCACUCAUCAUUAUGUGAAUAAAAAAAAGCGAAUUGUUACAUCGAA